AUGGGGUUCGGCUCACUGGUUGAAGAAAGAGACCUUUUGCUGACCAAUUACAGCCAAUUGUCUGAAGAAAAAGAGCUGUUACUCAUCAACUACACCACUCUGGCUGAAGAGAGAGACAGGCUUCAGAAGGAGCUUGAUGACCUGGGUUACACACUGGUUGAAGAAAGAGACCUUUUGAUGACCAAAUACACCAGACUGUCGGAAGAGAGAGACAGGCUUCAGAAGGAGCUUGAUGACCUGGUGGGAUGGAAUAAUUUCCAGUCCAGCCUCUAUUUCUUCUCCACUAAGGAGAGAAGUUGGACUGCGUCCAGAAAGGACUGUCAACAGAAAGGAGCCGACCUGGUGAUUAUCAACAGCAAAGAGGAACAGCCUAUCUAUUUUUGUCUACAGAAGCAGUUGAGGCAGACCAAGGGAAAAUUCCAGCAGAGAAUCCAGGAGAGAAAUAAGGAGCUGCAGGAGCUGAGGAAGGCUGUGGACACUCUCAAGAGUUCUGCAAAGACAGCGGUGGACAACAGUGAGAGGAUCUUUACUGAGAUGAUUCGCUCUAUUGAGAGAAGGCGCUCUGAGGUGACAGAGCUGAUCAGAGCUCAGGAGAAGGCUGAGGUGAGUUGGGCUGAAGGACUCCUGAAGCAACUGGAGCAGGAGAUUGCUGAGCUGAAGAGGAGAGAUGCUGAGCUGGAGCAUCUUUCGCACAUAGACAAUCACAUUCAUUUCAUCAAGAAUGUUGUGUCAGUCACUGCUGCGCCUUGCAGAACAGUUUCAACCAACAUGGCCUUCAGGAGUUUCUCUUUUGAGGCUGUGAAAGAAUCUGUCUCUGCAGUGAAGGUGCAGCUGGAGUUGAAACUGGAUGGCAUCUUCAAGCAGGAAGUAGCCAAGAUAUCUACAGCAGUGGCACAUAUCCAGAUCAUUCGGCCUUUAGAAUAUGUUGAUCCUGAACCCACAGUCAGAAGAACAGACAUGUCUGAUAUCCUGGCUGUUUUUCCUGAACCAGUAACCAGAGAGGAGCUCUUGCUGUAUUUCUGUCACUUCACAAUGGAUCCAAACACAGCAUACAGAAACCUCCAUCUGUCUGAAGGGAACAGGAAGGUGGAGUGGAGAGAUGAGCGCCAGUCAUAUCCUGAUCAUCCAGAGAGAUUUGAUAAGUGUUGUCAGGUGCUGUGUAGAGAGGGUGUGUCUGGACGCUGCUACUGGGAGGUUGAGUGGAGUGGAGAGGGUCGUAUAGCAGUCUCAUAUAAAAGCAUCAGCAGGAAAGGAGGCGGUAAAGAGUGUGGCUUUGGAUAUAAUGAUCAGUCCUGGAUGCUGGAACGCUGCAACUCCAGCUCCUAUUUCUUGCACAAUAAUAAACAGACUAAACUUCCUCUAGUGGCCGGCUCCAGAAUAGGAGUGUAUGUGGAUCACAGGGCAGGAAUUCUGGCCUUCUAUAGCAUCUCUGACACAAUGACCCUCCUGCACAGAGUCCAGACCACGUUCACUCACACACUCUACCCUGGAUUAUAUAUAUAUAUGGGAUCGUCAGUGAAGCUGUUGUGACACUGUAUACAGCGGUGCAGAAAAGUAAAGACCAUCAGAUAGAUGCUGUUAUCACAUCCACACAUCACAUACAUCCACAUAUAAACACAUCCCAUCUUAUCAACACAUAAAUAGUCAGCACUCACAUCUAAGAUUCUGGCAGCUGCCUCUCAGCUGCCUGAGAUUCUCUAUUCUAAGGGGGAAACAAAAGACCAAAUCCACUCCCUCAUCUCUGAACCCCAGCAGAUAUUACAGCAUCUACACCUCUGGACCUCUGCUGGAACACACAUCAGCACACCACACAUAAGCUAUUGGGUGGGAAGUGUGAUGAUUAGCCCAGUGUAUCUGAUCCUCUUCCACAACCCAUUUCCCCUCCUCCCCCAGGUUUUUCAGGCCUUUAAUCUCUCUGUGUAUUGGCCACAAUUCCAUUAUAAUAAUAUGUAUAUUUUUGAGUAUUUUGAUGGCUAAUGUCAAAUUUACAAAAUUGUGUUAUACUUUAGAUUCCUAGAAGCUAUACCGAAUAUGCUCCUCAUAGGAAAUGUCGAAAUGAUAAUAAGUGAGAGGAGAUUAACACAAAAAUACUCUUGAGUGUUGAUUUUGAAUGUAGAUUUUAGGGGGUUUUACAUGUUGUAUGUUUCAUGUUUGGUAUAUAUUGUGAUGCUUGCUGCAACACAAAUUGCCCAUCUGGGACAAAUAAUACAAUUGUAA